AGCGCAAUGUCAUGGCUAGCGAGCACCCGAGACACACGACAGGCUCCGGCCACGAAGACGACGAGGAAGGAGCGCACCUGCUCUCCUACGACGAGUCCCCACGGGACGCCUCUCCCGACAGCGACACUGUAGCCCAUCCUGCAUCCGGAUCGCAAUCACACCGCCCACCUUCUUUCCCACCCAGAAGGCAGUCUUCCUUCGCCCAACCACGCCCUGCCGGCACUCCGCGAACCACAAACCGUGUCCACUUCAACAUUGAAGACUCGAUUCGUGGCAGCAUUGACAAUGUCCAGCAACACGACCAAGACCUGAUCGAUGAGGAGGACUACUUGACCGCAGACAACUGGAGCGAGAGGAGACACAAUGCUGGCCAACGCGCUCCUCNNCUGACGGGCAUCGAGGCUCCUGCUGUUACCCUGGCCGAGUCCGACUUCAACCCCGAGGACCUGCUCGAGAGCGCCCGCCCUAAGAGUUCCAUGUCUAGCGCAUUUUNNGGUGCCGGGAUCAUCGGUCAACCCUACGCUCUUCGCCAAGCCGGUCUGCUUACAGGUGUCAUUCUUCUCAUCGUCUUGACAAUAACCGUUGAUUGGACCAUUCGCCUGAUUGUCACAAACUCGAAACUCAGUGGUACCAAUUCCUUCCAGGCAACAGUCGAGCACUGCUAUGGAAAGUCAGGCCUCGUUGCCAUCUCUAUUGCUCAAUGGGCCNUUGUAAUUCAUCCUCGGAGCUUCAUACGCCAUGUCAACAUUGCUAACGUUUGUAGUGCUUUUGGUGGCAUGAUUGCCUUUNGUAUCAUCGUAGGAGACACGAUACCUCAUGUCAUGUCGGCUCUGUUUCCUUCUUUAGAAGACAGCCAUUUCUUAUGGCUUCUUACAGACAGAAAAUUUGUCAUAGUCGUCUUCAUCAUGGGUAUCUCGUACCCUUUCUCAUUGUACAGAGACAUCUCANAAGGUUGGUCGGACUCAUUGCUUGCGAAAGCCAGUUCGCUUGCUCUGUUUAGUAUGCUCAUCAUUGUCAUCACGGUCAUCACACAAGGUCCAAGGGUCCCUGCCGAGAUGAAGGGGCCCUUGAAAGGUUCUCUGAUCAUCAACAACGGUGUUUUCCAGGCCAUUGGUGUCAUAUCUNUUCGUUUGCUCAUCUAUGGAUCGUUACAAAAGCCGACCAUGGACCGUUUUGCGAAAGUCACCCACUACUCGACCAGCAUAUCAAUGCUUGCCUGCCUCGCCAUGGCCCUCUCCGGUUAUCUGAACUUCGGAAACUUGACCCAAGGCAACGUGCUUAACAACUUCCCUACCAACAACAUCCUCGUCAAUAUUGCCAGACUGCAAGUCCUCCUCCGCAGAAAUCUAAGCCUAUAUGAC